CCGAAAAACAACUUCGGAAGGUCAGCGAAUGAGUAGGACCAAGAUGGACGACGGCAACGAGCGCCACUACCGCCAGAGGCUUGAGGACCUGCAGCUUGCAAGAGACCAAGAACGAGAGCUCAUGUUGGCCGAGGAAGGAGACAACUUCGUCGCGCCAUACGACGAAGAGUUGGAAUGUGGUCUGCACGUACCGCACCGAGUGUGGACAGAGCUGUAUCCACACCAGAAAGAAGGACUUGCGUGGCUGUACACACUUCACCAGGAAAAUGCAGGUGGCAUAUUGGGUGAUGACAUGGGCCUAGGCAAAACCAUACAGAUUUGUGCCUUCUUGGCGAGUCUCAGUAAGAUGAAGGUCCUGCAAACGGUACUUCUAGCGUGCCCAGCGUCGGUGCUAUGGCACUGGGUUCGCGAGAUGCAUAAAUGGUGUCCUGAAAUGCGCGUCGUCCUACUGCAUUCAUCGGGCACUGCCACUUGCACGUACAGCACUUCCAUCAAGAAUGUGUAUGCGAAAGGCGGGAUGAUUGUGACAACGUACGAGAACCUUCGAAGCAAUGCCGAGUACUUGAUCCCCAAGGAAUGGGACUACGUAAUUCUGGACGAAGGGCACAAGAUUCGGAACCCGGACGCGGAAAUCACUCUUGUCGUCAAGCAACUGCGUACGGUUCAUCGCAUCAUAUUGACAGGAUCUCCCAUCCAAAAUCGACUGAAGGAGCUGUGGAGUUUAUUCGACUUCGUCUUUCCUGGCAAGCUCGGGACAUUUCCCACCUUUGAGGACGAAUUCGUCCUACCGAUUCGACACGGUGGGUACGCCAACGCAUCCAAGAUGCAAAUUCUCAUGGCGUACAAGUGCGCCAUGGUGCUGCGCGACCUCAUUGCUCCGUACAUGCUGCGGCGCAUGAAGAAGGACGUGCAGAUCGCAACCGAUCUCCCGAAUAAGAUUGAGCAAAUCAUAUUCUGCAGUCUGACGAGUGCCCAGCGAUCGGCAUACAAGAUUUUUUUGUGCUCGUCCGAAGUUCGAGCGGUGCUUUCCCGCGAAAUCAAACCGUUUCGCGCCCUCACGAUAUUGCGCCACAUUUGCAACCAUCCCGACCUGGUGUCCAACUCGACCGAACACUCAACGACAGCUCCCGAGCACCUGGAUAUCUCUCUCCUCGGCGACGAUUACGGCGCGAUCGAUCAAAGUGGCAAGUUGCAGGUCCUCGAAACGAUUCUGCGAGUGUGGAAAGCGCAAAACCAUCGCGUCUUGAUCUUUGCCCAGCACCGGCGAACCGUCGACAUCCUCGCCAAAAUGAUGAACACACUGCAGUACAACUACUGUCGUCUUGACGGCACCACCACCGUACGCGAGCGGCAGACCCUCAUCGACGCAUUCAACUCGUCCGACAGCAGCAUAUUCGUGUUUCUUUUAACGACCAGGGCUGGUGGAAUCGGCAUCAACUUGACCGGUGCGGACCGCGUCGUAAUCUUCGAUCCGGACUGGAACCCCAGUACUGACAUGCAAGCGCGGGAGCGGGCGUGGAGACUCGGACAGACCAAGCCCGUGACCAUAUACAGGCUCAUCACGUCCGGCACGAUAGAAGAAAAAAUUUAUCACCGACAGCUCUUCAAACAAUACCUCAUGAACAAGGUGCUUCGCGACCCCAAACAGAAGAGAUGCUUCAACCACAACACACUUGCCGACUUGUUUAUCCUAAGUGACGGGUCUGAGCUAACCAAAGAUGAAAAUGGCAACGAAAUGAAGACCACAGGUACAGAAACGGGCGAUUUGUACUUGCACGGGCACGUAGACGUUGCCGCCGAAGUUGCGACGCUGCAGUCACAGCUGGGGGAAUCAGCACGCGUGGAAUCCCGCGCCGUGUCGAGCAAAGACGACGAUGUUGCUUCCAACGACCCAGACGAAGAGGAAGAUGCUGUGGAAGAGCCUCGCGAAGAUUCAGUCGACAACACGGAGAUCCUCAAGGCGCUUAUGGAAGGCGGGUCCAUCAGCGGUGUUUUCAGCCAAGACAGCAUAGAAAGCGACGGUGUGCACAACCAAGAAGCCGACUUGAUUCAAAUGGAGUCCACUAAAGUUGCCCAGAACGCGUUGAGUGCGCUGCGCCAAUCGUGCAGUGCAAUUCGACAGCAGCGGUCCGAUCAGUUUGAAGUCACGUGGACAGGACGCAGUGGAACUGCGGGCAACCCCACGAAGCGGUUUGGAACCAAAGUUGCCCAAGGGAUGAAACGCAAAAUUGCCUGCAACAGUUCUGGACUGGGGCGAAACCACGAAGUGCUCGCCCUCGAGUCGGAGGAGAUGCUGAAGCGGAUCAAAAUGCGGCGGCAGGCUGUGGACACGGGUGUGAAAUACAAAAGCACCACGUCGUCGAAAGAGUCGGUGCAGUAUGGAUCUGUGGACGAGCUGACGAAAAAACUACACUCAUUUCUGGUACGCCACGCCGAUGGAGUACCAACCGACGUGAUUGUCCACAAAUUCUGCGAUGCUGUGUCGCCAAAGGACAAGGAAAUCUUUCGGAAUUUGCUGCGGAAUAUGGCGACGUGCACUGGUAGGGUGUGGCGGCUCAGAUCAGAAUACUCGAUGUCCUGACAUCGUAUCAAACUGUGCUUUUCAUUCAGUCGAGUUGAUCAGCGUUUCUACUUGCUAUUUUCGAUUUCUCGUCACAUCUUCCAAACAAUGUUGCUUCGUUCUGC